AUGCGGCGAAGAAGAAUACUGAAACUGAGACCGCUGAGAAGAAGAGGAAGCGAAACAGUGGUGUCGACGGUGGGUCCUUGUCGAAUCCAACCAAGCGGGCUCGGAACACCGCAUCUCCACCGGAACAGGAACAUCAAGGCGAUCAUUCCCCAGCACCAUCAGCCGAAUUGCCUUCCCAGGCCGAUGUCGAGGGCACCUAGUGAGGCCGAGAAUCCACUGCAACCUCCAGUAACCUCACUUUCAAUCUCAGAAUCUGCCACAAAUUGUCCUUCACAUCGUGUAGACAAUCACGAUGAGGAGAUUGUAUCCAACAAUAGAGAUUCACACACACCCGAGGCUGCCAUUGACCAUACUGCGCAAAGAACGGAGGCUGAGGAUAUGGCGGUAAACCCCCUUAGACCAAAUGAGUUUUUCUUCAAACCGAAGGAUUAUCGGAAGUCUUGUAAGCUUCAAUCAAGAUGCCACCAAUACAAAUUUAUGACGAUCCUUGGGGAGUUAGAUGAAUCAGAAAAGAGGUGGUUUCUCGAACACCCACAGUUCAAGCACUUGUUCCACAUGGUUUGCACCUCAACUAGAAAGAUGAUGGGAUUGUGGAUGUUGCUACUCCGCACCAUUGUUACGCAUAAGAGUCGGCAAGCGUGGUUUUCUGUAAAUGGUGUUCCGAUUCGGUACUCGAUCAGGGAACACGGUCUCAUCUCAGGUUUAUACUGCCACCAGUAUCCUGAAAAUUAUCAGAGUGGCUUGAGCAUGAUGUUUGCGGAGAAACAGUUUAGGAAAAUGUUCAUGAAGAAGCUGAAGAAUAAGAAGAAGAAACCAGAGGAAGAGGAACUAAAGGUGACAGUUCAUGAUGUGGAAGAGAAGCUUUCGCAGAUGAAGCUAGAUCGUACCAAUGACCGGCUGAAGGUGGCUAUUCUGUACUUUUUGGCCACAGUUAUAGAUGAGAAGUCCAAAUAUGGAUGCCCCAUCGAUCCUUUUCUUCUGCAAAUUGUUGAUGAUCUAGAGCUGUGUAAUAAAUUUUCAUGGGGACGAUCAUUUUAG